AUGGAGGACGGCAAAACAGAUUGGCCAUGCGCCGCGCUGAUUGGUCGGUGCAGCGGUGAUGUCAAGGGAUGCGCUGUGGAGGGAGGAGGCUGUCCUCCACUGGCGGCCACUUUCUGCCACAUACAGACCGACCGGUACCAGCAACAACUCGGACACACCACCUCCGUGCGCCGUUUUGCCAGUCUCAAAUACCGGCAAGAGGGCCGUACGACUGGCAUUAAUCUCGACGCUCUACUUAUUCCCGUGGUGAGUAGUGGCCAGCUUGUGCCUAGUUGGACGUUGUGCACGUCUUGCCGACUGCACGAACGCUCCACCCGGACAGAGCAUUGCUCAGGUCUUACUCGACGACUAGCUGCUUUUAACUUGGGCUACUGGGACUGGUACAGCUUUUGA